UUCUGUUGUAGCUUCGACCACGAUUGGAUAUUCUUCUGUUGCUCUGACAAACUUUUGGAUAUCCUUUCAUCGUUCUCAAAGCAGACAACGAAAAGUUCAAGAUGUUCAAGUGCGUUGUUCUGAUUCUCUUUGUCGCCGCUGUAUUCAAUUUGUCCGUUAACGUCGCUGAGAAUAUAAGAAAGCCUCCUUUCAACGGAAGCAUCUUCGGAAAACGUGCUCUGAAAAACAUGGAACUGCUGCAAGCCGAGACUGAUGUCGCUCGUCCAGCAUGCGAGUUCGUGUUCAAUGCUUGCAAACACUUUUAUUCCUGGCCAAACGGCCAAGCGAAUCAACCAGACAUGGAAUCCAUUGAUUCGAAUUUCAUUUCGAAAUGAGGAAUUCCGUCAAAAACUCUCCUAAAACGAGUCCCAUCCCCACAAGGAAAUCAUCCUGUAUAAUUUAGAUUACUUUGUAAAGUAGAAUAAAAAGCAUGCAACGAC